GUGGCGCGAGAGGGGAAAUUAUAGCUCAAGGAUCGCAGCUGUAAUGGAGCGUGGAUCCACGGGCAUGCCUCAGGCGGGACGGCAUGGAGAUGGACCACGAGUGUGUGUGCUCGGUGCAGGAGUGAUGGGGCUGUCCACCGCACUCUGCAUUUCCCGAUCAAUGCCGCACGCCCACAUCUCUGUGCUGGCUGAUAACUUCAGUCCUGACACCACUAGCGAUGUGGCAGCUGGCAUAUUACACCCAAGUACAAUACCUGGCACUCCCACAGACACGCUACGCUACUGGUUCAAGGAGACAUUUGAGCACGUUCUGGGACUUGCACGGCGAGAUGACGCUCCCUCCAUCGGUGUUCAGCUUGUGUCAGGAUACGAAGUGUUCAGGGAGCCCCCAGUGGAGCGCCUCCCUUUCUGGGCUGACUUGGUGAUUGGGUUCCGCGCAAUGACCGAUCAGGAACUGUCUGGGUUUCCGGGGCACACCUUCGGCUGGUUCUUCACUACGCUGCAGUGCGAGAGCUCCUUUUACCUGCCCUGGCUGAUGAAGAAGCUGCAGUCGGCAAAUGUAGAGCUAAAGAAGACGCAUGUGGAAAAUAUAUGGCAUCUUCAUGGUCAGUAUGACGUCGUUGUCAACUGCACAGGCCUGGGCUCCCACGCAUUAUUCGGAGACAAUGAAGUGUAUCCGGUGCGUGGGCAAGUGAUAAUGGUGCGCGCUCCCUGGCUAAAGCACUUUGUGCGUGCAGGGGAUGGGCACACUUACAUAUAUCCGGGGGUGCGUGACGUGACGCUUGGCGGCACGCGUCAGAGUCACUGGGGUAUGCUGCUGCCCAUAGCGGAAGAUUCCCUGGGCAUAUGGGAGCGGUGUUGCGCCCUGGUGCCUUCCCUAAAGGGAUCGCGGCGAGUUGACGUGCGAGUCGGGCUGCGGCCAAGCCGGACCUCGGUCCGCCUGGAGAGGGAAUGCCUGGCGUGUGGGGCACUGCGCAUGACGGUGGUGCACUGCUAUGGACACGGGGGAGUCGGGGUGACGCUGCACUGGGGCUGCGCCAGAGAAGCGUCAGCGCUCGUCUGUGACGGCCUCCAAGGCCACGUCGCGAGCGCUAAGCUGUGAGCAAGUUGUUGCACGACAUGCUUACGCAAACUAAUUUACAAAGCGAUAGAGAUAUCGCUUGCAAUGUUAACGUCUCAUGAUGGAGUAAAUUACUUUAUAUUAUUUUUGUACACCAGUUUAACGAUAAUAAUAUAGCCACUUUCAAACAUGUCGCAUCAGUAUGCGUGUAAAGUAGAACAUUUAAGACAAAAGUGUGUAUGCAUUGAGGAUAAGAUUCCAUGCUGCUGUGACACUGCAGGCGUGCACCCAUCCACGUGCAUACUCGGGGCUGCCCCUUCCUAGGUCCAGCAGCUAAAGCAGGUGCUUUGUCUGCCAUGCCAGGGGCAGCCGAGCAUUUUUGUCACUAUUAAGGGAGAGUGCAGUUAUUUAUAAUGCUUAAUUAUCUGGCUUAUAUCUGAUUGGUUGUUCCUUCGAGGUCAUGACACCUAUUUAAGAAGCUGGGUUAAUGAGACACAGUUAUUUUGACUUCCUUGAUUUUAAUCGGACUUCCUCGAUCUUGCACUGAUCAUCUAGUUUCAAAUGAAACCUCCAAUAUAAUUGUUAAAUUUGAUUGUGAGAAUAAUUUUUCAACUUAUCACUGAACUGAAACACUAAUUCGCCCGUUUAACGAGUGUACAAAUUACAAUUUAAUUGGUUUUGACUGCAUCAGGGGGUGGAGGGUCUUAAUGACACACUUUUGGUCGGUCAUGCAGUGUUUACCUUCGGCAGGUGAUUGUAUUACAUUUGUUUUGCUGCUAACGUGUAUUAAUUGUAAUUAAAUGCAAAGUUAAAAAAAUGGAUACUUAACGAUGAAAAUUGUAUGAAUUAAACUAAUAUAAUUUGACACGUGCA